AUGCCUCCUCUUAUUGUCCAAUCUACCAAGCCUGAAGAAGAUCCCCUUGUUAUCAACGGUGGUCCUGAACACGUCCAUACUGAUGGUGUUGCCUGCUUUGAUCAGACCGAAAAUCGUUCGCCUGUCAGUGCCACCGCCACUGUCAAUAAAUUCAACCCUCUUGAUGUAAACCUUGAUGGUCUUUUGGACAACAACCGUCGCUGGGCUGCAGCUGUUGAACAAGAAGACCCUGAUUUCUUUAAGCACAUUGCUGUCAAGCAAGAACCCAAGAUUCUUUGGAUUGGCUGCUCAGAUUCGCGUGCACCAGCCAACCAAAUUGUCCAACUUGGUCCUGGUGAAAUUUUUGAGCACCGAAACAUUGCCAACGUAGUCAACCAUUCGGAUCUCAACUGCUUAUCUGUUUUGCAGUAUGCAGUAGAGGUACUGAAGGUUGAGCACAUCAUUGUCUGUGGUCAUUAUAAUUGUGGUGGUGUUACUGCUGCUUAUGGUCAUCACCAGUAUGGUUUGAUUGAUAACUGGUUACGAAACAUCAAGGAUGUCUAUAGACUGCACCGUAAAGAAUUAGAGGAGAUCAAGGAUGAAACCUUGCGCCUUCGUCAGUUGAUCGAAUUCAACGCAAUCAGCUCUGCCGAAAACGUCUGCCACUCGACCAUUGUCCAAAAUGCCUGGAGCAAGGGACAAAAGUUGACUGUCCAUGCCUGGGCCUACGACCUUGAGAGUGGAAUUGCCAAGAAAUUGAACUGGUGCCGUAGCCACAUCCAGGAUGUCAAUAACAUUUACAUGGCAGCCUAA